UUCCCUGCCAGGUCCUGCUGCUUCCCGGAGGCGCUGGAGGUACAGCCUGUGGCCCAUGGGGCCUUUGGUGCUGCCCACCUGGCUGCAGCCCAGGUAUAGAAAGAAUGCAUAUCUUUUCAUCUAUUACCUAAUCCAGUUCUGCGGCCACUCAUGGAUACUGACAAAUAUGACAGCCAGGCUCUUCUCAUUUGGAAAAGAUUCAAUGGCCGACACAUUUUAUGCUAUUGGACUGGUUAUGCGGGUUUGCCAAUCUGUUUCCCUCUUGGAGCUGCUGCACAUUUACGUUGGCAUUGAGUCAAAUCAUCUUUUCCCAAGAUUUUUACAGCUCACAGAGAGAGUGGUCAUCCUUUUUGGGGUAAUCACCAGUCAAGAGGAAAUCCAAGAGAAAUAUGUGGUGUGUGUUUUAUUCAUCUUUUGGAAUCUACUGGAUAUGGUAAGGUACACAUACAGCAUGCUAUCAGUCGUAGGAAUAUCUUACACUGUCUUGACAUGGCUCAGUCAAACACUGUGGAUGCCAAUUUACCCUCUGUGUGUUCUUGCUGAAGCAUUCACCAUCUAUCAGUCACUGCCUUAUUUUGAGUCAUUUGGCACCAACUCCACCAUGCUUCCGUUUGACAUAUCCACCUAUUUCCCUUAUGUGCUGAAACUGUAUCUCAUAAUGCUCUUCAUAGGUAUGUAUUUCACCUACAGCCAUCUUUACGCAGAAAGAAAAGAUGUCCUUAGAGUCUUUUCUGUCAAACAAAAGAAAAUGUAAAGCAGCAUUCCUGCCCAUCGCACAAGCGAGAAGACGGGCUGGUGGGCCAACCUGCAGCAAAUACAACACUGGGCAUAUGCUGGAGAAAACCCAGAACUUGACAACAAUCUAUUAUAUAGAUUACUGCACAUAGCACAAAGUCUGUUCCUCAUCGACUAUGCUUUACAAACAAAUCCUCAACAUACACAGCACAUCUUGCUGCACUAGCAGCAAGUUUCAUUUAUACUGUGUGAAGUCUGAAUGUUCUUGUGUAAAGUUCGUGAAAAAUAGAUUCAGAGGGAUAAGUUCAAUUGACUUGAGAAACCAAUUGAUUAUCUUGUGCAAUCAUAGCUAGCAGAUUUAUAGGAAGGGGAGGCUGUAAAGUAUCCUCUUUAAUUCUGGGAUAACAUACUCUACAAAUGUCCCUCACCCUUAGAGCCAAUUACCUUGAACAUUACAUAUACUUACUCUACAGACAAAUGUCCCCAUCCUUAGAGCCAAUCCUUUGAUCAUUACAUAAACUUAGUUACCUAUCUAACAUCUUGCUGUAUCUUAGCUCAGGCUGUAGCCAUGUCACGAAGUGCAUCCCCCUCCCAUAGGACUUGGUUGUCAAAACCACAGAAAUUUAUGUUUUCAGUUCUGGAGGCUUGGACAUCCAAGAGCAAGAUGCUAGCCAAUUCAGUAAGAUUAGUGUAUGUGUGAACUAUAGAUCUGAUCAGUUACUCUAGCAGGAACACUACUAGUUUGAGCUGUAGCUAAUAGGCAGACUUCUUGGGACUUGACAGAAUGGACCCUUGAGCUAUCUGAGGACACACACACACACACACACACACACACACACACACACACACACACACACACACACACACACACAUACAGACAUACAUACAUACAUACAUACAUAAUACAUAUAUAUUCAUUCUUCUAUAAGACCAGGGAAGGGUGCUCUUGAAUCAAAGAUGAUCAGAGUUGCCUCCUAAGUUGCAACUUAUGAACUCUAAUUUGUAUGAUGAGUUCUCUAAGAAAAUGGGGCUUUCAUUCCAGAUGUCCUUUAUUCCUCAGUUCUGACCACAAUCACCUUCAUCAAACCCUCAAAGGUGACAUCAGCAUCUUAAAACUUAUCCCCCAUUCUAUUUAAUUUCGGAGCUUCUCCACAUCUACUCUAUGACUACAGCAAUGUCUCACCUCCUGUAUCCAUUGCUCUCUGAGUUUGGAUUGCUGCAACAAAAUAUUAAAUUGAUGAUUCUGGAAAUAAAAAAGCCCAGUAACAAGAUGCCAAGUAACAAAUGAUUCUUGAGGGUGGGAUGAAGAUGGAUACCUUCUUACUGUGUACCCACAUUAUAGAGAAAGAAAGCACCUCUCCUAGGUCCCUUUUUGUGAACUCAAUAAUCUUCAGAGAGGCUCCCUCUUCAUCUCUACUUACUUCCCAAAGCACCCCCCUCCACCAUCACCACCAAAUAACAUCUACUCCAAGAGAAGUUAACAUCUACUAAUUCAAGUCAUAAAAUGUUUUUAGCAGCUCCUUGGUUAAAAUUACAUUAUGACUGUAACACGAUUUUAGUCAAUUGCACAGAUACCCACAUCUUUGCCAAAUGCACACUUUUCAAAUCUAAUCUGUGUUUGGAUACUUCCUUGAGGCAUAAUGUCGCUUUAACCCUACACUUGUGCAUCCCCAAAUACUAUUUGUCUUGGCAACUUGUGUUUUCAAAGGCUGACAAGAGAGAACUUGAAACAAAGACCUCCUUUAUGGUCUAAAGAGGUAGCAGCAGCUUACUUGUGUAAAACAAAGAGAAGCACCUUGAUGGAACAAUUUAAUUCUUCUUUGGAGACCAUACAGGUAACCAGGAGGCCAUUACUAUUUCAUUGGCAUACCUCUGAGUUUAACCUUAUUUAGAAUCCUUAGAGGUCUAGUAGGCAGAAAACCAUGUGACUUCCAUCCAUGACUGCUCAAAACAGAAAGAACUAGUAAAGAGGGGACUGAGGAUUACUUUAUUUCCUUCAUUUUGUAAACUUCUGUUUUCUUGUGAAGGACAGGAGGAAAUACCAGGUUUGAAAAGAAAUUGGGCUGAAAAGACAUGAGAAAUCUGAAAUUUGAAGUCUAGGCAGAUUGUUCCUUUCUUUGGGCAUCAGCAAAUGUUUGGUUGCUGAUUCAUGAUGUCUCCAGUGCCCACUUCCUCUUCAGUACUCAUUGUCUCCUGUGUUUCCAAGGUACCCUGUAAUCCAGAGCUCUUUAAUGCAUGCAGACAAACUUGGUCAGCUAGGCUAGUCUCAAGCUUCCCAGCACCAAAGGCCUGGUGUUUCAGCAGAUUUGCAACUUAAGUGGGAACCAAGGUGUCUGAUACAGCAGCUUUGGAUCAUAAGUUCUAUGGCCUUGGUUUUAGGUAAAACUCUUCCACUUUCUAAAUAUUUUUGCUCCAUUUUAAAACAGAAAAUAAUGCUACCUAUGGUAUUGUUGAAAGACUUCAAAUAAGCUGAGCCUUUUGGUCUCUAGUUGCUAGGGAGUGUACAUGGGAGGAGAAAAAAAGCUGGUGUAAAUAGCUACCACCUUUUUCUUCAUUGGCUUAAACUUAUUUCCUUGUAGUACAACUUGCAAAGAAAUUAUGUAUCUGGAAAAUAAAAUUAGUAGUGCUACUUUGAAGUUGGCAGGUGCACUUUGGGACAAGAAGGUAUGUGCCACCUGUGGGUAGAAGUGUGGUGUUUGUGAAUCCCCAGGCACUGUCUGAGUGGCAGAAACAAAAUCACCUCACAUCAUUGUCACGACUUUCUUCCUAAUGAUUCUGUUUGUAGAUUUAUGAUGAGUUAAGACUGAGCCCAGUUGAAGUCACAAUAAUUAGUGGGCAUCGAAAUUAAGAUGCUGCCUGAGUCGCCAACCAUUGUGGGAGGUGAAAUUGUGAUACUAUCAUAAACCUUUCACAGAUCUCUCCAGUGAAGUGAGCUGUACUUAUAAAAAGACAGAUCUGAGGAGAUAUUUAUCCUGUUUGCUAGUCUAGCAUCCCACCAUCUUUCUCUUGGGGAAACUUAGUUCAGAUGAUUUAUAUGGGUAUAACCCACCUGCCAGGGACCAGAUAUUUGUUUAGAGACCAACAUGGAUGGCUUCUAGAGUUCUCACAGUGCUGCUUCUCCUAUGCUUGUGGGGGAAAAGAACUUCUUUACCUUUGAGAUUGCUGGCAGACACCUUGCCAGGUAGGAGGCACAAUCUCCAGAGGAACAGAUCACAGCAUCGUGGGAUUCAUCAGACCAGCCUUGAUUCUUUCUGUGAGCUAAUAGUCUCCUUUGCAGCUACUGCUUUUGUGAAUGGGAUAACUUCUACUUGUACUCAUCACAACCAAGGCUAGGUAGGAGUCACACAUAUCAUGUGAUGAACCUAACCUGGGUAUCAGAUGUUGUCAUGCCAAGUGAUUUGAAUGUGCCUAGUAGUUCUUUUAAGUGUGUUUUAUCAACAGGAAUAAAAUUUGUCUAAACUCA